AUGACUUCCCCUGCGCAAAGGAGUAGACAUAGAAGUGUAUGCAAGAGAUUGGUUUUACACAAAUUGAGCAGAAAAGAGUGUAUCUCCCAUUUCCAUUUCUCCUUUGAAGAUAUCCAGAGGAUCACAAAUGCUCUUGGAAUGGAUGAAACCUGCAACUUUCCAGGGAUAAAAAUUGAACAAAAUCUUGGACUAGCAAUUCUUCUCAACCAAUACUCUUUUCCAAGGCACCUAGAUGACAUGGCACAUUAUUUUGGGAUAAAUGCUCAAAAUAUAUCAAGAGUUUGCAGAGAGAUGGAAGAUCUGCUUUUCGAAAAAAUGAGGUGGGGUAUGCAGUUUGAUAUCUGCCACUUUUCUCCAUCAAAUAUGGAAAGGUUUUCAAAGGCUAUCUUUGACAAGGGUGCUGCUUUUGACAACAUUGUUGGGUUUAUUGAUGGAACCAUGCAAACAUAUAUUUAUGCAUUAAAGUUUCAGACAAUUGUAACACCAGAUGGCAUCACCUCCAGCUUGCUAGGUCCUUUCAUUGGCUCAUGUCAUGACUAUUUUAUCAAUACCAUCUCAAAGAUUGAAGAUAGGUUGAAGAAAUACUUGGCCCCAACAUCAGACCCAGAGAAGUAUUACGCAUUAUAUGGUGACACUGCCUACAUGUGCUCUGUACAUCUAUACAGUCCAUACUUGGGAGCUGUGCUCAAUGAUCACGACAAGUUUUGUAAUAAGUCUAUGUCAAAAGUUCGUGUUGCAGUUGAGUGGGAGUUUGAAGAACUACCACUAUCUCUUGAAGACUAUAUCUCUGGAUUGACAAGAGAUAAAAUCGAAGGAGAAGACAUAGAGUAG